CCUGCCAACUUCGAUGCUGCUGUCGCUGUGGCGACUAACCUCGAAUCUUCCUUUCAAGCCUCUGCCAUCCUCAAGCCCACUUCUGCCCAACACUCAACCACUAUCAGCAAGUUUUCACAUGAAACUAGACCCAAACUCAAGAAAAACUCAGGAAACUAUCGGAGCCGCAGUCAUCCUCACAGUAAGAACUCACACCGCAGCCCUUCUCACAGUAAGAAUUCUCAUCGCAAUCCUUCUCACAGUAAGAACACAAACUCUUGUUUAUCUUGUGGAGGUUCCCAUAACCGCAGUACAUGUAAAUUUAAUAAUGCUGUCUGUAAUUACUGUAAAAUCCGAGGUCACAUUGUCAAUGCAUGUAAGAAGAAAAAGUACUCUAAUGGUAAAGAAGUUCAUGAUAAUACCAGAAACAAUUCUGAUAAUUCUAAAGUUCAUGGUUUUCGUCCCGAUUCUGAUACUUAUUAUCUGCAACAUCAAUUUAAAUCGAUCUCUGGCGGCAGUCCACCAAUUUUGCUCGAUGUGCUCAUCAAUGGUAAAUUACUCUGUAUGGAUCUCGACACAGGUGGUCCCUGUAGCCUUAUCAGUCAUAGCAUGCUCCGAAAAUUAUUUCCUCGUGCCAGAAUGACUAAAAUUAAUGAAAGUUUCACCUCUUACACUCAAACUAAGUUCAACUGCAUAGGUUACAUUUGGGCUAAAGUGACUUUCAGGCAUAGUACUGAGUACCUCAAAUUAUUCAUCACUGAUAUCCCUGGCGAUAACAUUUUUGGUCGUCAAUGGAUGAAACCUUUUGCAGAUCUCCUCUCUCUUCAUGAACUCCUCCACACUCAAACUGAUAUUAACAAUGUAUGUGCACACAAUUCUCUAAAUAAAAUGGACUCUAUUAACCUUAACAAGUUUCUCGACAAACACAAAUAUAUUUUUGGGGAUAAAGCAGGUGUUUGGUGUGGGUUAUAUCUGAAUAAGCGAACACUCGGUUAAAACGAUAUUCAUAUUUAUUAUAAAAUAAAACGGAAAUGAACACGACACGGUAACACUGGUAUCACGACAUGAUGAUCGGCUGACGCCAUGACCAAUGUGGUCACCUGACCCUCUGAGGGCAGUGUUGCCAACCUGUGCUGGGUAACCAACCCAGGCUAUCCAACACCUCCCGUUCUCAAUUUCUAUUUUUUUUUCCUUACACUUUACUCCCUUUUGCAAACACAAACGAAGAAAUUGAGGGAGUAGAGUCCAAGUCAAAAAUAUUUCAGAGGUGUAUGAUUUUUAUCAGUAAAAUUUAAAAUUAUGCAUGAAGAAUAGUUUUUUAAAAGAUUUAACAGUUACAAUUGCGGAAUUAGAACUUGUACACUGACAGAAAACUGACACAGUAUUUAUUCGAUUAAUUUGCAUUUAUGAAACCAAUCAAUUUAUGACAUUUGAACUCAGAAUUUGGUUGAAGUUAUAAUGCUUAUGAGUUCACAUAGAUUUGAACGAUUUGCAGUUCUGAAAUCGACAAAUAUUACUGAAAUUAACUGUAUUUAGUCAUAGGCUGUAGUUA